AUGGAGUUUUCUCUCUUCGUCUUAGUAUUUCUGGAAUGGCAGAGAGUUUUGGCAGACGUUUGUAAUGGUCGAUUUGAGCGUCUGGGUAGCGUCUCAGAGUGCAUGUUUCUGCUGCAAAUAUCUUUUGUCAUACGAGAUGAAAAGGAAUUUAUGCACCGAGGAUGCGUCAACACGCUCCAGUAUGAUGAAAAUUUGGGUAGGUUGUAUUCUGCUGGAGCCGACUCGAUAAUUCGGCAAUGGAAGGCACCUCCAGAAGGCGAAGUAAUGUCGAGUGCCAAAAUUUUACCCGAUAAUAAAUUUACUGGUCAGUCGAAAGAGAUAAAGAAUGACGCUGAUCUACAGAUUGCUCAAGAGUUGCAUCUUCAGUCGAUGGAACACCACACUGAUUGGGUCAACGAUAUUGUUUUAUGUUGUGGAGGCAGGAAUUUAAUAUCGGCUUCGAGUGAUACGUCCGUGAAGGUGUGGAACACUCAGAAAGGAUUUUGCAUGUCUACUUUGCGCACUCAUCGCGACUACGUACGCAGUCUCGCGUACGCUCGGGAUGUAGAGAUGGUUGCAAGUGGUGGUCUGGAUAAACUUCUUUAUCUCUGGGAUAUAGGAACAUUAACUAAGUUAACAGCACUUAAUAAUACUGUCACCACUUCUUCAUUAACUGGCAACAAAGAAAGUAUCUAUUCAUUGGCUAUGAAUCCUUCUGGAACUGUUUUAAUCUCAGGUUCAACAGAGAAGGUUUUACGUGUUUAUGAUCCACGAACUUAUCAGAAAGUUAUGAAACUGAAGGGUCAUACAGACAAUGUUAGAGCCAUAAUUAUUAAUAGAGAUGGUACAGAGUGUGUGUCAGCAAGUAGUGACGGAACAGUGAAAUUGUGGAGUAUAGGAGAACAGUGUUGUAUUUCUUCUCUUCGGUGUCAUUCUGAGGGAGUAUGGGCAUUAGAGACUGAUUCAAGGUUUUCUACUUUUUACUCUGGUGGGCGAGACAAACGUGUUUUUCGCAUGCGUCGUUCUGAUUUCCAAUCUGCUGAACUUUUAUUUGUUGAUGAAGCUCCAGUGCAGCGGCUAAAAUUGACAAAUCACGACCAGCCAAAGUCUGUUUGGGUUGCUACCACUCACUCGUCAAUUAAACGUUGGUCACUGCCAAAGGAAUCGCUGAUUUACACUCAAAACGAUGACUCCAUUGAGUUAACGACUUGCGUUGAGGAACCGGAAGUAGUAGUACCUGGUGGGGCUAGUAUUCGCAAAUAUGCAAUCUUGAACGAUAAAAGGCGUGUAGUUACGAAAGAUUCGAAUAAUGAAGUAGCUAUAUAUGACGUUCUUAAAGGGAAAAAGGUGUGUGAUUAUGGAGACCGGCCUAUGGAGCAAGUUGUGAAAGAAAAUUAUAAAGACGUGUUUGUUUCCUCUUGGUUCACCAUCGAUUUGAAAUGUGGUUUCUUGCAAGUGGUUCUCGACGAGUCUGAUUUUUUUGCUGCUUGGGUUUCUGCCAAAGAUUCUGGCUUCACAGAACGUUCUUCUGACAGUAAAAUGAAUUAUGGUGGCAUGCUGUUACGAGCGUUGUUUCAAAGGUGGCCGAAAACCUUGAAGGACACCGACAUGGAAUGGGCUACUCAUGUUAUGUAUUCAUUACCCGAUCACACACCUGUAAUUUUGAGUGAGGGAAAUGGCAGACCUGUUUUUCGAUUUGUGAUCCGUGAUGCUGCUCAUGAAGUCGAAGCGAAUAUGCUUUCCGAGCAAACUCCUAAGUGGAUACUGAAUGUAAUUGAAAAUAACGAGUUACCGAAACUGAACAAGAUACCUUUUUGGCUGGCUCCACACUCAUCAAUGGGAGUGAAAGUUCCCAAAAAAGAAAGGUAUACUGCUACAGAAACCUUGCAAAUCCGGGAUUUAAUGGAUUACAUUUCGAAAAAAGUGCUAAAUACUCCUGGUUUUGGAGGACUUCCGCUUACAGAUAACAAGUCUUUUGCUCAAUUUUUUGCUGGUUCUAUGCAUAAUAAAAUUGAAGAAAGGAGGGUUGAAAUUUAUUGCCAUGAUCAGAAGUUGGAACCAACAGUGGACUUGAGGACUGUGAAGUAUGAUUUGUGGAAGCAGGAAGCUGAAAUUAUGCUGCACUUCAAACUUGUUAAAAUUUCCUAUUUGUCCAUUAAAGUUGCCUCACCUUAUGGGUUUGAAAAGUUGAAACUUGGGAUGGAAGCAAACGGAUUAGCCAUGAUUGGAAGAGUAGAGUUGGGUGCAAACUUCGCAGUUUGGUUGUGGUGA